AUGUAGAUCUAACAACCUUCUAGCAACUUUAAUGGGUGGCUAGGAUGAAGCCAUGUGGUGAUCAUCCAACGGGUAGGAACACUAUAGAAACCUUCUAGAUAAUUUUACACUACUUUGUCAAAAAAGACUCACUAGAGAACUCUAUAACAUUCCAGAGAUCUCUAGACUAUAAAUUAUAGCUUUCUCUACAAUUCUCUCACCAUUCACAUAGCCUCAUGUGUACAAGAAGAGUGCAAAUUGGCCAAGUCUUAGUUUAGGCACUUGCAAAUGUCAGGUCUAUGACAACAGGCUGGCCAUGAUCAGGAACCAUAAAAGGUUGGAGGAAUAGUUUAGCCACUUACAAAUGUCAGGUCUAUGACAGCAGGCUAACCAUGAUAAGGAACCAUAAAAGGUUGGAGGAUAAAAAAUUGACAUGAUGACUUGUAGUCCUCAAUUCAUUAUCCUUCAAAAUAAAUAAAUAAAAUAAAAAACUUGUGGUCUUCAAACCUUACAUUCUUGAGGGCAUGCCCAGCAAGAUCGAAAUUGUUCAGCCUGUGGGCCCCCAGAGAAAGAAUCCCAUGGGCCUCAUAGUGGGGUGCAAAAAGAUGUUUAAAUUACGAAGGUAAGUGUGUUAGACUCUUUUAAGCAGAACUUCAAUUGGAUAGGCAAGAUUGCCUGAUUGGUACAAUUUUUCUCCGUGGGCCAUCCACUAUGGGUCUCACUUGAUGAGUGGUUCUGACAUAAAAGCUAGGCUCCAUGUAGGGCUAGGAAUCUGAGGACAAGCUACUGAAGUGGUUAUAUUGAUGAAGAGAUUGACUAUUUGAAGACCAUUGGAAGCUGUAUCCCUGGUCCUUCCACUGUUCAAAAUGUCAUUAGUCAAGGUGUCAAGACCCUCUGCAUCAGAAGGCAUCAGCCCGCGUACUGCAAAGUACUGGUAUCAUCGGUAUAGUCUUUUCUCGAGAUAUGAUGAUGGUAUUAAAAUGGAUGAAGAAGGAUGGUUUUCAGUUACUCCCGAAGAUAUAGCCGUUAGGCAUGCUGAGAGGAGUGGGACUGGAACUGUUAUUGACUGUUUCUCAGGUGUUGGCGGCAAUGCUAUUCAAUUUGCAAGGAGGUGUUAUCACGUUGUUGCCAUUGACAUUGAUCCUCAAAAGGUUGAAUUGGCCUUUAAUAAUGCAAAGAUAUAUGGAGUGGAAGAUUAUAUUGAUUUCAUAGUCGGGGAUUUUUUCCAACUUGCUCCAUUUCUCAAGGGGGAUGUUGUGUUUCUUUCACCACCAUGGGGAGGUCCAACAUAUAGCACAAUUGAUACUUUUACCCUUGAUUUGCUCAAGCCAAAAGAUGGAUAUUCAAUGUUUCAAGUUGCUCAGAAAAUAACACAUAAUAUCAUUAUGUUCUUGCCUCGUAAUGUUGACUUAAAUCAAGUGGAAGAGCUUUCUUGGUUAUCUUCCCCUCCCUUGAAUUUAGAGAUUGAAGACAAUUAUGUAGAAAGUUAUUUAAAGGGCAUUACUGCUUACUUCGGUGAUAUUGCGUGGAGGUCGCCAACAUGAUCUUAAUUCAGCUCGGCUUCAAUUGUCAUUCGUGGCAGAUGGUGGAAUUAUCCAAUCAUCAACCCUCUUGCACUGACUUGGGGCCCUGGGAUGUUACACACGAGGAUUGCAAAUGGACAUCAUUUGCCGGGAUUGUCAAAAGGCCUUGCAACAGUACUCCAUCCAUCUGAUGUGAAUUUUAGGUGUUGUAAAUUAAUUUCAGUUGGCUGUGGUGAAUAGUAAGUUUUGCUUAUUUUAAAAAUGUUCGCCUUUUCUUUGUGUGCGUGCGAUCCUUGGCAUCAAAUGACAUGCAAUGACCAUAAAAAUUGUAAAUGGCCCACCGCCUUUUGUUUGUAUCAUCAAUCAUUUAUGCGAUGCCCA